AUGGGCUGUGAACGCAGCGCACUUUCGCUGUGCUGACCUCUGACAGCAGCUCAUGGAUCCGCUCCCUCCCUUCACAAACACGGAAGCAGCAUGGCGUCCAACAGCAGCGGCGGCGGUGGCAGCUCCGACAGGCAACGGAUUGCACAGCAAAGACUGAGUAUAAUUGCCGGGCAUUUACAGAGACCGGUGGACGGUGACUCGACCAUCCUAGCCGCUGACUGCAAAGCCCAGGGGAGCAAGAGAGAUGGCUCCAGUGAGGGAAAGACGGUGCCGAGGAGGAGGCAGGAGAUUAUGAAAUGGAAUGGCUGGGGAUACAGCGAUUCAAGAUUCCUCUUCAAUAAGAAAGGUCAAGCAGAAUUUACCGGCAAAAGGUAUAGACUAAGUGGUAUGAUCAUCCCCGGUCUGAAAGAUUGGUUUGAAAACACAUUUGGAGCCAGUCUGCAGCAUAAAACUCCAGCAACACCCAUUCUGACUAGCAGUGCUGUACAGCCUCCCACUCUUAAUGAGGCCUUCGUAGAGGAAGUGAAAUCCACAGGUAUUCCCUUCUCUCAUGACGCAGAGGACCGGGUGUUUCGCGCCCAUGGCCAUUGCUUACAUGAGAUCUUUGCUCUGCGAGAAGGGAAAUUUGGUCGAGUUCCAGAUAUGGUGGUAUGGCCAAAUUGCCACAAUGAUGUAGUGAAAAUUGUGGAACUGGCAUGCAAACAUAAUGUUUGUUUGAUGCCAUAUGGAGGAGGGACUAGUGUCUCUAGUGCCCUAGAGUGCCCCCCAGAGGAAACUCGCUCUAUUGUCUCUCUGGAUACCUCACAGAUGAACCGCAUUCUGUGGAUUGACGAGAAAAAUUUAACUGCCCACGUGGAAGCUGGCAUCGUCGGUCAGGAUUUGGAGAGAUUGCUCAAUCAGAGUGGCUACUGUACAGGGCAUGAGCCUGACUCUAUGGAGUUCAGCUCCCUGGGGGGCUGGGUAGCAACAAGAGCAUCAGGCAUGAAGAAGAACAUCUAUGGCAACAUUGAGGACCUGGUCGUCCAUGUAAAGAUGGUGACCCCACGAGGGGUGAUUGAAAAGGGCUGUCAGGGCCCACGCAUGUCCACAGGGCCGGACAUUCACCACUUCAUCAUGGGCUCGGAAGGAACUCUGGGUGUGGUUACUGAGGUAACAAUGAAGAUUCGUCCGAUGCCGGAGUAUCAGAAGUACGGCUCAGUGGUAUUCCCUAAUUUUGAGCAGGGAGUUGCCUGUCUUCGAGAGGUUGCCAAACAGAGGUGUGCCCCGGCAUCUAUACGACUCAUGGAUAAUGAACAAUUUCAGUUUGGUCAUGCCCUGAAGCCUCAAGUAUCUUCAAUUUUCACAUCCUUUGUGGACGGGUUGAAGAAAUUUUACAUCACCAAGUUCAAAGGGUUCGACCCCAACCGCUUGUGUGUGGCCACCCUAUUGUUUGAGGGAGACCGUGAGAAGGUCCUGCAGCAUGAGAAGCAAGUUUAUGACAUCGCUGCUAAAUUUGGGGGCCUGGCAGCUGGAGAGGACAAUGGGCAAAGGGGCUACAUGUUGACCUUCGUCAUCGCUUACCUCCGGGACCUGGGGAUGGACUACUAUGUGAUCGGGGAGUCCUUUGAAACCUCUGUGCCUUGGGACAGGGUGUUGGACAUUUGCAGAAAUGUAAAGGCACGCAUCAUUCAAGAGUGUAAAGACAAAGGAGUGCAGUUUUCACCAUUAUCCACAUGCAGGGUUACUCAGACGUACGACGCUGGUGCCUGUGUCUACUUUUAUUUUGCCUUCAACUACAGGGGACUCAGUGAUCCAGUACACGUGUAUGAACAAGUGGAGCACGCAGCUAGAGAAGAGAUCCUUGCCAAUGGAGGGAGCUUGUCACAUCACCACGGAGCGGUGACCAAAUGAAAUGUGAGCAGGAGAGGGCGGCGAAACAACUCUCUGGGCCCCAUCAGGGCUAAACGAAAUGGCUGCCUUAUCUAUAUUGCCAUCCGCCUCGCUGUUUUCAUACAUCACUUCAGGCUAUUCAUCACACCUGUCAAAAACAGUAUGCAGUGAAUCAGCUGCGAUAUUAAAUCACAAUUUUUCCUGAAGGCGGGGACGGGUUCAAAAUUAAAAGAUUGCUAAUAAAAAGGAGGCGGCGGGCUGGGGGUAAAUGAUGCCGCCGUUAUCACCGGCUGUAUACUGACCUCCAAACGGUGGCCCAGCCACCCAGAGCAGCACAGGGAGGUGACAGGGGGGGAGAGGAGGGGAUAUUGAUGCAGCUCCCGCGUGCGAGGCCCACUCUGUAAUUGUGAUUAAUAACAGUAGGGCUCGCUAUCUGGGCGCAGACAGGCCGGUUUGUCUGCCCACAAUCAGUGUUUGACAAAUGGAGCUAGUUUCACUGGGUUUUGUGUAUCAAACAAAACAGAUGUAGUCAAGGAUGGUGAGGUGGGAGGGCACCGCAGGAAAUAUACAUUUUUGCGGCCCUAUAUUUACAGCAGGUCAGUGUUGUGCUGUGUGGGCGUAAGUAAGAGAAUCUGGGCGUGUAGAGCGCUGUACCUGUUUGUCUGCAGGACAUAAUACUCAGCUAACACCACCAUGUGUUGACUGCUGUCCACAAAAACACUGACAAUUUUAACUUCAGAUGGAGUCAUAUUUAUCACACUUACUUACAGGCAAAAGCUCAGUUAUAUGUUUGAUUAUUCGCUGGUUCUGAAAGCCAGAACAUUGGGAGAAAUGUCCUCUUUAACUAGGUCACCAGUGUCGCAGCGGUGAAGAGUUGUUGAACAUCCAUCACCAGGAGAGUCAUCCAUCUAUCAGCCCUGCACCGUGGCUUCUAAGCCAAUACUCUGGUUCGGCCAUAUCGCAGGAGCGCAGGGCCGCUACCUUAUCCCGUCUUUCAUGUCCUGACCCCCAUUUGUCAGAGAAGCCCAGGGGGGAGUGAGAGCAGCGUGUCAAGGGGUUGAGGCUCAGCCUGGCCUCUACGGUCUCCUCUGUGUGAGGGCCACCCCGGGGUGCCCAGCAUCUUCACCUCACCUUGUGGCCCUGCAAAGCUCCACUCUCACUAACUCGAAAACACGAAAAAUGACCUGAUUUGGUGAAGUUCCCCUCUUGCCUUUCGCCCUGUGCUUUUUCACACAAGAAAAAUAUGACACUUUAAAAAAAUAAAUAAAAAAUCUGUCAUUUCUGAAAUAACUACCUGCAUUUCUUUGCAUGUCUCAGCUGCACAGACCAAGCCUGGUGAGAUUGAUUGCAAUAGCAAGCAAAAAAGAGAGAAUAUGACAAGAUAGAUGUGUAAAUUAUCACAGUGAUGGAGGCAAUGAUGCAGUCCCAGCACCUUCUGUUUUCUCUCCUUUUCCUUAGAGGAGGGAGGGAUGGAGGUGGAACAAGGAGGAAGGGCUAAAGAGGAGGAGGUUGUAGAGAGCAGGGUACUUUCUUAGUUAUUGGGUAGCAGCGGAUUUGGUCCCUCUGUCACCAUCUGGAGGUGCGUGUGGUAUCAGAGUCCCUGGUGACCCCGCUGUGUGCCCUGUUUUGUCAGGAGACGGGCCUCACUAGCCUCAUGGCUGAUCCCCAUCUGGGUUUCCUGGCUGGACCCUGAUAACACAGCAGCAAUGCAUCAAGGCAGCCCCCUCUCUCAGCAUGCCCUAUUAACACUGGAGCUCCCCUGCUAGUGAUGCAAAGAGAGGCGUGUAGCGAGGGAAGGGAUGUCAUGUGAACGCUCCCAUCAUACACUUUGCAAUUUUCAGGCCUCCGUAUCUAAUCUCAAGUGAUUACACUGCUGGUUUCAAGUGUUUACUCAGCAAGCAGCACCUGUUCUAAACUGCUCUGUUCUCAAAUUUAUCUUUUUGACUUUUCGAAUAUAGAUAUCGUCUGUUUCUUUUAAGUUGACCUCCAAAAGUAACAUUUACCCAGCUCGGAUCGGACAUAUUUUAAGUUAAUUUCUGUCAGUCGUUUCUUUAUUCAUUUUUGUUUCUUUAUUAAUGUAGCCAUCGUAAAGUCCUUUGAUUAAGGCCCCAUUGAAUAAAAUCUUCUGAUAAUGACUAGAUAUUGUCAAAACCUCCAGAUGCUGCAGGGGUGUUCUUGUGAACCGGUGGUCAAAACUGCAUACUAUGUAAUUGCAACAUCCCCUGCUUGAUUCAGGCUGGCGACUAAAGCUGCAGCUAUUAACAGUUAUUUUGAUUAUCAAUUAAUUUAUUAUUUUUUGGAUCAGUCUUUUAGUCUAAAAAAUGUCAACAUUGUGAAAGAUGCAUGUCACAGUUUCUUAAACUAAAGCCUUGUUGACAAUCGAUUUAUUAUUUUCUUUUGAUUAAUUGACUACUCAGUUAGACACUGCUAGGCAUUGUAGGAUUAACCUUUCAGAGCAGGCUGGGGCAAAAAAUUACUGUUGGACCCCUAUUGUAGUUUUAUUAAACGCCAUUUUAUUUAGGAAUAUAUGCCAUGUGAGCACAGGGCCCCUUAACAUAACAGAGCCACAAAAUAAGACAAUACGUUAGUUGAUAUUGUACCUUAGCGGUUCUAAUACCUUAACAAAUGUGCAAUUAAUUAAAUUACCAAAAACUAAAUGACACUCAGUGAGUCUGGGGCUUUUGGGGGUCUUGGGGCCCCUCUGCAGUUGCCCGCUUAGCACGGCCAGGAUGACAAAGAUGAUCUGAAAAUCCUCAGCAUCUGUAGAAAAUGUGAAACCUCAAAGUUGGUCCUCAUCAUACAGAUCGUGGCUGUGUUUACAAAACAAUUCUACAGCUUUAUUGGCUUGUAGAAAAUGAACGUUUUUAUUUGAAGUUCUCUAACUAGAGUUUGGCUCUCCAGUUAGGUUUUUCUCGUCCUCCGCAGUCACCAGAUCUCUCGCUGGCUCCAGACUCUCCGCUAAGAACCUGUCGGGUACAGACGCUGUGGAGUAUGUCGGACUGGACAGCUGGUGAAGCAAUGGGCACCCUCACUAGGCUUCAUGCCACAGCCGCUCUCACUCCUCAGGUUGGAGGUUUGGAGGAGGAACAGGGAGGGUGAAGAGCGGCUGAAAGCCAAAGUCCUGCUGACAGAGGACCAUUGUGUGGUGCUCCGCGGUUGGCUUUGGCACCCUGUUGGUGAUCAGGCCAGUGUCACAGGGCACAGAGCGGCAUUCAGGACAAGGAAGCACAACAGCCUCACAGGUCAGCUGGAGGAGCGCGCUCGUGUGCACAAUGAGACAGAAACACACACAGAGAAAACGCUCCAGUGACUCUGGAGGGAGGGAAAUGGAGGGGAGUGGUGGCUCAAAGAGUGAGGGAGCCGGGGACGCCCCACUACAGCCGCCAGCCGGCCCCUCCUCUGGGAACACACAGAGCCUAAUGAGUUUGAUAGUCUGCUGAGCUCCAUAAAUCAUGCCAUGCAAAACAUUUCUCCUCUCUGAAUAAAAGCAUUUAUCACCCUCUGUUUAUUCACUCACUCUCACAAGAUUGAUUGGCUCCCAGCAGCCUGCUGAGCAAUCAGCCGUGCCGAUUCCUCUAUUUCUCCCCCUCGGUCCUCUUCCUUGAGUUUAUUUAUUUAUUUAUUUUCUCUCCUCUUGUCAUUCAGUGGGGAAACUUCGGAAGGAGUGGAUGAGAGAGACCGUCUCCAACGUCGGCAUGGGGAUGCUUAAGUCUGUCAAGGACUACGUGGACCCCAAUAACAUCUUCGGCAACAGGAACCUCCUCUAAUUUCCCGCUCCUGUCCGUCUUUAUCUCACCCUUUUUUCUAAAAGCAUCUUGAGCAUUUUGGUUUAAUAGAUACUAAAUGUAAAUUUAAAAUGGACAGAGAUCUUUUUCAUCUAAAGUGUCAUUCGGUGCCAUUUACUGAUUCACCCAAACCUUUUCUUUUACAUUAUAUUGCACUUAAUAUGCUGUAACAAUCAUUGUCAUUCAUGAUGAAGUUCAUUUUUGCUGUUGGGUCAUGACCUCUACAGCCACGAUGCAACAAAACCUUGAUUUUGUCAUAUUUGCUUAUGUUUAACCAUUUCCUAAAUAUCCUUGCCAACAUGGUUAAUUCAUCUGUUUGUUUUUACUUUUCCUCUGUGUGUGUGUGGGUGUGUGGCACUUCUUUAGUGGUGAGUUCAAGAUGAAUGCGCUUUCUAAAGCUCUGUGCCUUUCUAAAGCUUUUGUCUGCCGUCCCCUUCUCCUACUACACACUCUGCUGUUGUAUGUACAGUGAGUCCCUUUGUGAAGCAACUUGGACAUGAUGUUUUCUGUGUCUCUAGUUCAUCUUCCUCACCCUCACGCCUUUUGUUGUACUGACCUAUUGCCAUAAGAGACUUUUUCUGGACUGUGUGUGUGUGUGUGUGUGUGUGUGUGUGUGUGUGUGUGUGUGUGUGUGUGUGUGUGUGUGUGUGUGUGUGUGUGUGUGUGUGUGCGCUUCUUGUUCUACUAAAGCCUCCCUCUGCCCCACCAAAUUUUAACCUAAGAAGUACAGUAUGAUUACAGAGAGAUAUUCCUUGUGUGUUUAUUUUUGUUGUACUGAAAGCAUUUACCUUGCAUGGUUUGUUACUGAGAAAUUGAAGUGAGGGGAAAAAAAACAUUGUGUUUUUCCUUCUGCUUCAACGUGACCGCACUUGCAAAUUUUAAGGCCUCUGGAUCCCGGUGCUCGCGUUGUACCAAAGACUCAACACAUCAGAUCAUGCAAACAUACUAACAUACGUAAACAUAUGUUGACAUUUAGUAACUUCAUGCACAGCUAAACUGUAUUUUUUUAAUCAGUAUAUGCAAAGAUAACCCUUCCGAGAGCUGUAGAUAUUUGACUGUUACAUGUGCUUUCUAUUAAACACAAUUACAUCAUGUUUCUUAUGUUCAAGACACUAUUGAAUUAUUUCUGCUCCAUGUAAUUGGUGUUGCCCAGAAAUUCCUCCUGAAAUAGUUUUCCCUCGUUAGUGUGUCUGUACUGUGUAAAGGUUUUUGGAACGGAUACUGUAAUGUACUACAAUUAGAUACCAGACUUGUACUAUUUGUCACUGUUAACCAGCGAUUCUGAAGCAAAGCAAAGCUUUAAGAGAACCGUUUGCUGAGGAAUCUUGCCUUUUUUCUCCCUUCUGAUCUGUGCGUCACAUUUUCCUGGACCACCAUGUCCUUUUUAAUUCAUAAUAUUUCCCCAAAUAAAAGGACUCAUUAGGGACCUAUCAUGUGACUUUUUACCUCCUGUGUCAAAAUCGUGCGAGAGCUUUUGAAUGUUAUGGAUGUACCUUUUUUUUGUUAUUUUCCACUUCUCUUAACAACGUAGUAACAUCCAAGUACAUUUUGUCAAUGCUGUUUGUGCAAUAAAUUGAGCUAAAACAUC